UGGACUUUUAAAUUAACACCUAUUCAGCGAAAACGAAAUAUACUUUAAAUAUCAUAUUAUUAUUAUUAAUCGGGUUCUUUGGUUACAUAGGGUACAUUUUAACAGUCAGAUGUUUGCUUCGCAGUGAAGAUACCCUUUAUGAUCACUAGAAUACUAGAAUGCGUAGAAAUUGUUUUUUCUACGAGUAACGGGUAUAAAAAUACUAAUUAACUAAAGACUGGUUGCCAUGGCAAGCGUGCACAGAAAACGGGUUUAUUGAACAAAAUUAUUGACUAGUUAAAUACAAUAAAACGAUGGAACCUGCUAAAGUGAUUGGAAAGAAAGGAGCAAGUGCGCAUGGAGCACAAUUCACGUCGUAGUUUUCCAAAAGCUUGGAGCGGAAUUUCGGGCAAGCAAACUAACAAGUUCUACCACCAAUCUGAGAUUAAUUCUCAACUUAGUAACCAACUAAAAUUAAAAGACUUGUGCCCUUUUGUGCACAACAACCAAGGCGAAUCGCAAUUCGUAUCUCCGGAGGUGUACAAACCUUUACUGGCCGUCUGUCGUUGUGGUCGAACUAGGGAAAGCCUCCAUAUGGGAAAAUGCUUACAAAGAGCCUUGAGUCCAGAUUACAAACAAGCCAUGGUACUGAAUGGCACUGAUGCAUGGAAUGGAGAACCAUUGAAUGUGCCUUCCACUUCAAGCUCUACAAUUGGCUUCGUAGGUAUUUCGAAAAACUACCAGAAACUGGAGCGUUCUAUGCAAUAUGUUUCUCCUGCGUUUUCCAUGCCUGGCCCUCGAAUUACAGCAGUCCCUUACUAUAAUAUUAUUAUUGGAUAAGUCAUCACGAAUUUUAA